AUGUGUCUGCUCACGGCGCAAAUCUACCGCAGAUCUGCCGCAGGUACGGACUCACGCUCCUGGUCCAUGUGUCUGCUCACGGCGCAGAUCUGCCGCAGGUACGGACUCACGCUCCUGGUCUAUGUGUCUGCUCACGGCGCAGAUCUACCACAGGUACGGACUCACGCUCCAGGUCCAUGUGUCUGCUCACGGCGCAGAUCUGCCGCAGGUACGGACUCACGCUCCUGGUCCAUGUGUCUGCUCACGGCGCAGAUCUACCACAGGCUGUACGAGCACGUGUUCGUGCACGUGCCGUCGAACACCAGGAUCCACCUGGGCCAGUACGUGGCCGGCGUGCUGCAUUACGUGCUUGGCGUGGCCGCCGUGCUUGCCGAGGCUCCUGGCUUCGUUGAGGACGACCUGACCUAG